AUGCAGCACACAACAUGCACUGAGGACAGGAUCCACCAUGCAUUGGAGAGGUGCCUCCAUGGCCUCAGCAAAAACAUGAUCUCUGCUAGUACUUGGACAGCUGGGCUUUGUCUGAAUUGCUGGAGCCUUCAGGAGCUGGUUAGUCGUGAUGCAGGGAACUACCUCAUCCUUCUGGAGAAAAUCCUGCAAAAGACAGAAGAGGUCCAAGAGAAAUGUGACUAUGAUCUAUUUAUUCCACUGGCCUUGCUCUUCAGUUCAGCUGUCCUGUGUACCUCCCACUUCCCUUCCAAUUCUGACCUGCUUUGGAGAGCCAGGCAGACCUACCGUGAUUUCCUCACUUGGCCCAUGCCAUACUGCGGUAUCUGCCAGGAAUUGCUGACCUUUAUUGACAACGAGCUCAAAGCCCCAGGGAUUUCUUAUCAAAGGCUGGUGAGGGCAGAGCAUGGUCUGUCUGCAAAGAGUUCAGAAAGUUCUAUUAUAACAGUCCUGUUACUGAACCCUUCUGAAGUUCACAGGGAGUUUCUCUCAGUUGCUGAAAGGCUUAGCACCAUAGAGCACUCCCAGCACAUGCUACUGGUUACCCUUCUUGAACACAUCUACCAAGCUAACUUUGGAACCAGUUGUGACCUGAGGAGACUCCAUCAAGUUCUGAAGCUGAAGCCUGUGGAAGAACUCAUGGAGAUAUUUGCCAGCACCACAGAAGCUCAAGAAUUGGCAGCUGAGACCAGUAAUGACCCUGCUGCAGCCAGGAAGCAGCUGGAAUCUGCUUUGCAGAAGAUUGCUAAGGCAGCAGGGCUUCCUGGAAUCGUAGGAGAAGCCCAGACACAUAAGCCACACCUCAUCCCUAUCCCUGCUGCCCGGUGUUAUGCCUACAUCUGGGAUCAGGAUAAUUUUGACAUCUUGAAUGAGGUACUAGGCAAGGAGUGCGACUACCCCAAGCCAGCAGUUCUGGAAGAUGAUGAUGAAGAGGAAACGGAUGCCUGCUUCCCACAAAAUGGUUCUUUGUUGUCUUCCUUGGAAUCAAUCUCCAAAGAGUCUGUAUAUUCAGCCUUGUCAGAGGAUGGCUCACAUAACUCGCGAGUGUUCAUCUCUGCAGUUUCCAAGGACCCAGACUCUGAGCUCUCAUUGGCCUCUACAAAGUCCUUGAAGUCUUUUGUCUCCAGCCUGAAGGACGGCAUGGACAGUGGCUAUGUGGAGGACAGUGAUGAGAGCUCUCUUGAAUCCACAGGGCGCUUGGAUCCAAAGGAAGAGAAGGCAUCACCCAAUCGGCGGCACCGGUUAACCAACAAGAUAUACAAGUUGUUCAAGAGCAAAAGCCAGCUGAUCCUGGGCAAAGAGCUGAGCGACGUUUCUGAGAUAUCUUCCCUAUCAUUGCCCCUUCGCCGAGCAGAGAGCCUCUACAACCCUGUGGCCAAGCACCACAUCCAUAUGCGCUCCCGGCGAGCACAGUCACUGCCUCAACAUGUACUGAGCUCAGAGCUUUUGCAGCAACGUGUCCCAGAUAAUGUCUGCAUCCAACGUAGGCCUUUCCUGAGCUGUGAUGAGGAUGCGAAGAUCUCGACACUGCGUGUCGUUGUGUUUGGCUCUGACCGCAUCCUGGGGAAAGUAGCUCGAGCUUAUAGCAAUCUUAAAUCUCAAGAAAGAAGCUGCCCGUGGCUGACCCGGUACUUCAAAAUGCAAUUUUACUAUGUCCCUGUAAAGAGGAGUGGUCCUACCUCAUCCACACUGACCUGCUCUCCUCCUCCUCCAGGAGACCCUCAGUGCCACAUUUCAGGAUCUGUGGAUCCUGUUUUGGCCAGGAUGGAGAGCAGCACAAACAACAUCUCCCAGUAUUUAGGUAUGCUGGAUCCAUGGUACGAGCGCAAUGUUCUUGGGCUAAUGAACCUUCCCAUGGAUGUCCUAUGCCAGCAGUCCAUCAAGCCUGAGGGUGAACCCCCAGAAGAAGCAGCAGAGCAGCUCCCCAUCCUUGCAGAUAUGAUACUUUACUACUGUCGCUUUGCAACCCACCCUGUGCUGUUGCAGGUCUACCAGACAGAGCUCACCUUCCUUGGAGGAGAGACAAGGACUGAGAUCUUCAUCCACUCUCUGGAGAUAGGUCACUCAGCAGCCACGCGGGCCAUCAAGGCUUCAGGUCCAGGUAGCAAACGGCUGGGCAUUGAUGGAGACAGAGAAGCAAUCCCGCUAACACUACAGAUCACCUAUAGCAAGAGAGCAGUCAGUGGAAGGAACCACUGGAAUGACACCGAGAAAGUCUGCACGUCCAUCAACCUCAGCAAGUUCUGUAACAGGCAAGAAGACCUUGAUUCCAAAACAGAAUGUUUGACACUCACUGUGACAGAAGUAAUCAAAAGGCAAAGCUCCAAAUCCAAGAAGAGUUUCAAUCAGAUUAGCGUGUCUCAGAUAAAAGUGGACAAAGCUCAGAUCUCGGGGGUCAACUGUUCCUUUGCUGUGUGCCUGGACCAGGACGAGCGGAAGAUUCUGCAGAGUGUCACCAGGUGUGAAAUCACAGCGUGCUACAAACCCAAGAUCAAUGAGCCCUACUUUGGAGGAAGGCCCACUUCUCUUCUCCCUACCCAAGAUGCCUCUGAUUUCUGCUCUCUUCUGUGCUUGCCUAUUGCCACUUUCAACGGGGCACUAUCCUAAGGAAAGCAGCAAGGAUGAAGCAAAUGACCGGCUUCCAGUGCUUUUUCAUGUUGCUGCCAGAUACCACAUGAACCAGGAGUAGUUGGCAAGCAUUGCAUGCAAGAGGGAAAUAUGGUGACAUUUCCCAGGUAGGAUGCUUUGGCAGCAGCGGGCACAAGGCAGUGUAAUCCCCCUAGAUUUGGGAAAGCAGCACUUG